CGACACUUGCAGCCAUUUUACGCAGGACGAAGCCAAUCAUGUCGUGAGUGAAAAUCUCUCGCUGGUCACCUGGGCAGAGCCAGCAGCUGCAGCCGCCGCCGCCGCGCGUCCCGGUGGUCGCACACAGGCAGUCCGGCCAGGCAGGCUGAAGCAGGUCGGGCAAAAUGGUGAAGAGGAAAAGCCUGGAUGAAAACGAGCCCGAGUGCGGGAAGGGGAUACCGUUCCCGAUUCAGACCUUCCUAUGGAGGCAAACCAGUGCAUUUCUGCGGCCAAAGUUGGGAAAGCAGUAUGAAGCAUCUUGUGUGUCCUUUGAGCGGGUGCUGGUGGAAAAUAAGCUCCACGGCCUGUCACCUGCCCUGUCAGAGGCCAUCCAGAGCAUCUCUCGCUGGGAGCUCGUCCAGGCAGCGUUGCCUCAUGUACUCCACUGCACCUCCAUCCUGCUGUCCAACAGGAACAAGCUGGGCCACCAGGACAAACUGGGCGUGGCUGAGACCAAGCUGCUCCACACGCUGCACUGGAUGUUGCUGGACGCUGCCCAGGAGUGCAACCACGAGCCCAGCCUGGGCCACGGCUGGUCGGCAGGCAGCAGCAGCAGUGCCUUCCUCCAGCCCGUAGGGAACCAGGGCCUGUCACCUGGGGCUCCCAGCUCCUGCUCGAGCUCAGCCCUGGGAGGGUCGGGGCCCCAGCACAGUGGCUCUCUGCUGGAAGAAGACGAGCACACUCGUACCAAGCUGUUUCACAAGAGCAUGGCCACCGUGGAGCUGUUUGUGUUCCUGUUUGCUCCGCUUAUUCAUCGCAUCAAGGAGUCAGAUCUGACUUUCCGACUAGCCAGUGGUUUGGUGAUUUGGCAGCCGAUGUGGGAGCACCGGCAGCCUGACAUCCCUGCCUUUACUGCACUCAUCAAACCUGUCAGAAACAUUGUGACGGCGAAGAGGAACUCCCCAGUCAACAACCAGUGCAGCCCCUGUGGAUCUGCAAACCCAGGUCCCAUGGGUUUCCAGGUGGUUUGCGAAGCUGUCCAAUCAGAUUCAUCCUCCCCUGUGGCUGGAGAGAAGAGUUGUCGCCGUGGUAACUCAAUAGAGAAAGGCGGCCCCUCCCAACAAGCCCCACCGGUCAAAGGCCCUUCAAAGAAAAAGACAUCAGCCCCUGCCGGCUUGCCAGCAUCACUGUCCCAGCGAGCGCGAUAUGCCACUUACUUCGACGUGGCUGUGCUGCGCUGCCUGUUGCAGCCUCACUGGACAGAGGAAGGAGUGCACUGGGCCUUGAUGUACUACCUGCAGCGCCUGAGGCAGAUCCUGGAGGAGAGGCCCGAACGCGCCCCAGAACCCUUGGUUGCACCUCUACCACGACCACGCAGCAGCUCCAUGGUGGCCGCCACACCUUCACUAGUCAACACACACAAGACACAGGAUAUGAGUCUAAAAUGCAAUGAAGAAGGUAAAUCUCUGAGCACUGAGACAUUUGCAAAGGUGUCUCUGACCAACCUCCGUCGUCAGGCAGUUCCUGACCUCUCCUCUGACCUGGGCAUGAACAUCUUUAAGAAGUUUAAGAACCGGCGUGAGGACCGGGAGAGGAAAGGCUCUAUCCCCUUCCAUCACACCGGAAAGAAACGUCAGCGUCGAAUGGGGGUCCCAUUCCUCCUACAUGAGGACCACCUGGACGUCUCACCUACCCGCAGCACAUUCUCUUUUGGGAGCUUCUCUGGUUUGGGUGACGAUCGGCGGACUCUGGACCGUGGGGGCUGGCAGGCCACUUUCAUGGGUAAAUUCACACGGCGAGGCAGCACAGACACAGCAGACGCCGACAGCCUGAGCGCCAAACACUCCCACUCCCACCAUUCUCUGCUCCGAGACAUGCCCGAUCACCCCAACAGCCACAGUGACAACACCGUCAAAGAGGUUCGAUCCCAGAUCUCCACCAUCACCAUGGCAGCGUUCAACACGACAGUAGCAUCCUUCAACGUUGGCUACGCUGACUUCUUCACUGAGCACAUGAAGAAGCUGUGCAACCCCGUGACUGUGCCUGAGAUCCCAGUGGAGCCGCUGGCCUGCGCCAACCUGCCGCGCAGCCUCACCGACUCCUGCAUUAACUACUCAUGUCUGGAGGAGGGCGAGAACAUUGAGGGAACCAAUAACUUUGUCCUGAAGAAUGGCAUGUUGGAUCUCACUGCUGUGUUGCGGGCACUCUAUGCUGUCCUCAGCCAUGAUAUCAGCUCCAGAAUCUGUGAUGUGGCCCUCAACAUCAUUGACUGCCUGCUGCAGCUGGGCAUGGUGCCCGGCAUGGGAAAGAGGCUGUCCAAGCCUGACAACAAAGAGAACCAGGAGGCACGAGCCAAAGACCCAGCGGGCCAGGGCCUCGGAGGCGCACAAGGAGGUGGAGCGGUCCCAGGAGGAGGAGGAGGAGGAAGUGGAGGUGGAGGAGAUGGAGGCAGUGGUGGGGGAGGAGGAAGCGGUGGAGGAAGUGGACAAGGGAGCAAAGAUGAUGUGAAGAAUAACAAAGAAAAUGAUAAAAAGGAAGAGGGCUCUGGCUUCAGCACACACCGUCUGGCUCUGACCAUGCUCAUAAAGAUAGUUAAGUCCCUGGGGUGUGCCUAUGGCUGUGGUGAGGGACACCGCGGACUGUCUGGGGAUCGCCUCAGGAUGCAGGCUCAGAACUGUCUGACCAGCCUCUAUAAGCUGGACAAGCUGCAGUUUCGCCAAACAAUGAGAGAGUACGUCAACAAAGACUCCCUUAACAACAUAGUUGACUUCCUGCACGCUCUGCUGGGCUUCUGCAUGGAGCCCAUCACUGAUAAGUACGGCAGUGCAGGUGAGAGGUCCAGGAGGGCGAAAAAAAGAAACAUCGACAAGGCGGGCUUUGGGAACAAUUUCACCACAGGGGACAACAAGUCGGUGGCCCAGAACAUGGAGGCUGUGGUGGUGGGCUGCAUGUUCAAGUCUCUCAUCACCCGCUGCGCCUCGACCACUCACGAGCUGCACAGCCCUGAGAACCUGGGCCUGUACUGUGACAUCCGCCAGCUGGUGCAGUUCAUAAAAGAGGCCCAUGGAAACGUGUUUCGCAGGGUGGCACUGAGCGCACUCCUGGACAGCGCUGAAAAGGUCACGGCCACCAAGAAACCAGAUGAAAAGGAGGAGACCAAACCUACUGGACCCAGGAGGUCAGAGGCGGGUGUGUCCGGGGAGAAGGGUCAGGUCUCCAGUGCUGCAGAUGAGUGUCGCAGCUACAUCUCUAGCAGACCCCCCCAGACCCCCGAACAUGAAGAACAGAUCCCUGGUGCUCUGCUGGGAAGGAAGGACUUUUGGAGGAAAAUGUUCAAGUCCCAGAGCGCUGCCAGUGACACCAGCAGCCAGUCAGAACAGGACACAUCAGAGUGCACCACGGCUCAUUCUGGCACCACCACUGACCGGCGCUCUCGCUCCAGAUCCCGCCGCAUUUCACUUCGCAAGAAACUUAAAUUGCCAAUUGCGUGCCGUGGGACUGUACGCCUGCCACUCACUCUCUCUGUCCUACGUAACUGGCUGAAGCGCUCAUCUCUGUCGGGACUGACCGAUGGGGUCGAAGACCUGCUGGAUAUCAGCUCAGUGGAUCGACUGUCUUUCAUACGUCAGAGUUCAAAGGUGAAGUUCACCAGUGCGGUGAAGCUGUCAGAAGGGGGCGCUGCAGGGCCGGAGUACGGCAGGGACGAGGAGGAGAAUUUCUUCAAGCGGCUCGGUAAAUGGAGGUCUGGCAGGAGGAAUCCAUCCAAGCUUCACCACACAGAAGAGAAAGAUGGCCCUCAUGGUUUCCAGGAGCGACUAGCAGCUAGUCAGGAGGCGAUGAAAAACAAAAAUGUGGUGAAUUUGGGGGCCAUCCGACAGGGCAUGAAACGCUUCCAGUUCCUCCUGAACUGUUGCGAGCCAGGAACCAUACCUGACGCAUCUAUCCUCGCUGCUGCUCUUGAUCUGGAAGCUCCAGUUGUGGCACGUGCUUCACUGUUCCUUGAAUGUGCUCGAUUCGUCCACCGCUGUAACCGUGGCAACUGGCCAGAGUGGAUGAAAGGCCAUCACGUAAACAUCACCAAAAGAGGCCUGUCCAGGGGCCGCUCCCCGAUCGUUGGAAACAAGAGAAACCAGAAACUCCAGUGGAACGCUGCCAAGCAUUUCUGCCAGUGGGGAGAUGCGAUCGGCACAAGGCUCAGCGAACUGUGCCAUUCAGACAGCGAGAGCCCUGCCAACAUCCUGGGUUACAUCUAUGAUGAAGAGACCAAACGGAGAAUGAGAAAAGAAGAUGAGGAAGAGGACUAUUUAGAUGAUAACACAGUGAAUCCGACAAAGUGUGGCUGUCCCUUUGCUCUGAAGAUGGCUGCCUGCCAGCUGCUGUUGGAAAUUACCACUUUCCUGAGAGAAACCUUUCCCUGUUUACCACGACCUCGCACUGAACCACUUGUGGAUCUGGACAGCUGUCGUCUCCGUCUGGACCCAGAGCUUGGCCGCCAUCGCUAUGAGAGAAAGAUCAGCUUUGCAGGCAUCCUCGAUGAUGAGGAUGGACAUGAUUCUCUGAACAGCAGCAGCCAUACGCUGAAGUCAGACACCACAUGUGAUGAGAAAAAGCCCCAGGAAGUCCAAGCACCCAUUCGGAAAAUCCGCAUCGGAGGCUCCCGGCUGCUUCAGAUCAAAGGGGCCCGCAGUUUCCGUGUGAAGAAAGGUGGCUCCCUGUCGUCCAUACGGCGCGCUGGGAGCCUGAAGAGCACCAAGCUGUCACGGCAGGAUUCAGAGUCAGAGAACGAAGAGGGGCUGUUGUCACAAACACACAGCAGGGACACCGUCACAGACAUAGGUAGUCCCUUCAGCACCAGUGAACCCAGUAUAGAGCCAGAGGGCCAGGGUUCAGGUGGAGCAGAGGACAACUACCACCGCAACAUGUCCUGGCUUCAUAUUAUGAUCCUCCUGUGCAACCAGCAGAGUUUCAUCUGUACCCAUAUAGAUUUCUGUCACCCACGCUGCUACCAGCACCACAGCCGCUCUUGUGCCCGUCUGGUCCGAGCCAUCAAACUUGUGUAUGGCGAGACGGUAGACAGCCUGAGAGAGGACAGCACCUCCUCUGGUAACAUUGGUGGACGCGCAAAGAAGAACAAAGAGUGUUCAGAUAAAUCUUGUCUCAGGACGCCCUCCAUGAAAAGAAGACCCACUGACUGCAACACAGAGGGAAAGAAGGACACCGGCAUGCUCAAGUAUAUUCGCAACCAGGUGAUGAGUCUGUCUCCGGCCCCUCUUUCCCUGCUUAUCAAAGCAGCUCCCAUCUUGACUGACGACAUGUACGGAGACAUCCAGCCUGCAGCCUGGGAGCUCCUGCUCAGUGUGGACGAACACAUGGCAGCUGCUGCCGCUGCCAUGUUCCUCCUGUGUGCAGUAAAGGUCCCAGAUGCAGUGUCCGAAAUGAUGAUGGCCGAGUUCCAGCACCAAGAGGCCUGCCAGCGCAUCAACUCCAUCCUGAAGUUUUACACACUGUGGCGUUUCCGAUACCAGGUGUGGCCUCGCAUGGAGGAAGGAGCCCAGCAGAUCUUUAAGAUCCCUCCACCAAGCAUCAACUUCACACUGCCAUCUCCUAUUCUGGGCAUGCCCUGCGUCCCCAUAUUUGACCCUCCUUGGGUGCCUCAAAACACUGGCAGUGUCCAGGACCCAAUCAAUGAAGACCAGUCUAAAUCCUUCUCAGCACGGGCAGUGUCACGCUCACAUCAGCGGGCUGAGCACAUCCUGAAGAACCUUCAGCAAGAGGAGGAGAAGCGACGUCUAGGUCGUGAAGCCAGCAUCAUCACAGCCAUCCCAGUGUCUCAGGAGGCUUGCUACGAGCCCACAUGCAGCCCACCACCCGAGCAGGAGGAAGAAGCAGAAGAAGUGGUGAACCUGGCAUCACGCCGUCUGUCUGUCAGCCCAUCCUGCGCCUCCAGUAACUCCCACAGGAACUAUUCUUUCCGACGGGGCUCCGUGUGGUCCGUCCGUUCUCUGGCAAGUGCUGAAGAUGAAGAAAACACAACAGAACACACCCCAACUCACCACAUGCUACAGCCACCCCAGGCUGUUUUCCCAGCAUGCAUCUGUGCCGCUGUUCUUCCCAUAGUGCACCUGAUGGAAGAUGGGGAGGUCAGAGAAGAUGGGGUAGCUGUGAGCGCUGUUGCACAGCAAAUCCUCUGGAACUGUCUGAUUGAAGAUCCAGCCCUGGUUCUGCGCCAUUUCCUUGAAAAACUAACAGUGAGCAACAGACAGGAUGAGCUGAUGUACAUGCUGAGGAAACUCCUGCUCAACAUCGGAGAUCUCCCUGCACAGACGUCUCAUAUCCUCUUCAAUUACCUGGUGGGGCUGAUCAUGUAUUUUGUGCGGACCCCCUGUGAGUGGGGAAUGGAUGCUAUCUCAGCCACACUGACCUUCCUGUGGGAGGUGGUUGGUUAUGUGGAGGGACUGUUCUUCAAGGACCUCAAACAGACCAUGAAGAAGGAGCAAUGUGAAGUCAAGCUGCUGGUCACUGCAUCCAUGCCAGGGACUAAGACGCUGGUGGUGCACGGGCAGAACGAAUGUGACAUCCCAACACAACUGCCCGUCCAUGAAGACACUCAGUUCGAAGCCUUGCUCAAGGAAUGUCUGGAAUUUUUCAAUAUUCCCGAGGCCAGAUCAGCACACUACUUUCUCAUGGACAAACGGUGGAACCUCAUCCAUUACUCCAAGACCUAUGUGAGAGACAUCUACCCAUUCAGGAGGUCAGUGUCUCCUCAGCUCAACCUGGUCCACAUGCUGCCCGACAAGGGACAGGAGCUCAUCCAGAAACAGGUGUUUUCCCGCAAAUUAGAGGAAGUUGGCAGGGUCCUCUUCCUCAUCUCCCUCACCCAACACAUGCCAGCUGUGCACAAACAAUCCCACGUCUCCCUCCUCCAGGAGGACCUCCUCCGCCUGCCUUCCUUUCCAAGAACAGCCAUUGAUGCAGAGUUCUCACUUUUUAAUGAGCCACAGGGUAAGGAGCUGUUCGGUCUGGACACCCUCCACAAGGUGUUGUGGAUCAAGCUGCUCGAGGAGAUGUUUCUGGGCAUGCCCAGUGAGUACCCAUGGGGUGACGAGAUGAUGCUGUUCCUCAACGUCUUCAACGGGGCUCUGCUCCUACACCCAGAGGACAGCUCCCUCCUCAGACAGUACACGGCCACUGCAAUCAACACGGCUGUGCAUUUUAACCAUCUGUUUUCCCUGAGUGGCUACCAGUGGAUCUUGCCAACCAUGCUGCAGGUAUAUGCUGACUAUGAGAGCAACCCUUUACUAAGGCAAGGCAUCGAGUUCUGCUGCCGUCAGUUCUACAUCCUCCACCGCAAACCUUUCAUUUUGCAGCUGUUUGCAAGUGUGGCUCCUUUGUUGGAAUUCACUACCAGCACCAGUACUGGCCUAUCUAAAGGAGUGUCGGCCCAGUGUCUGUUUGACCUGCUGGUCUCUCUGGAAGGAGAGACCCAGGAUGCCCUGGACGCUCUGGAACUGGUUAAAGCUGAGAAACCUCUACGCUCACUUGACUUCUGCUAUGGUAAUGAAGACUUGGCCUUUUCCAUCAGUGAGGCCAUCAAACUAUGUGUUACUGUGGUUGCCUACGCCCCAGAAUCCUUCAGGAGCCUACAGAUGCUGAUGGUGCUGGAGGCGCUGGUUCCCUGUUACCUGCAGAAGCUGAAAAGUAACACGGUUACAAUGGAGUCUGCUUCUGUCGCCAGAGACGAGAUUGCAGCCAUCGCUGCUCUGGCCACCUCUCUGCAGGCCCUACUCUACAGCUCUGAGACCCUCACAAGGCCUAUGACUGCGCCCCAGAUGUCCCGCUGUGAUCAAGGCCACAAAGGAGGCACUGCAGCCAACCAUGCCAUGUCAGGAGGGGUCAACACGAGGGACACCCUCCACCUCAUGGAGGAGGGCCAAGGCAUGCCGAGGGAGGAGCUAGAUGAGCGCAUUGCCAGGGAGGAGUUCCGCCGGCCACGAGAGUCCCUCCUCAACAUCUGCACAGAGUUUUACAAACACUGUGGACCUCGACUCAAAAUCCUACAGAACGUGGCCGGUGAACCCAGAGUCACUGCUCUGGAGCUGCUGGACAUUAAAUCCCACAUGAGACUGGCAGAGAUCGCCCAUGCCCUCCUUAAACUGGCCCCCUACGACACCCUCACCAUGGAGAGCCGAGGCUUGCGGCGUUACAUCAUGGAGAUGCUGCCCAUCACCGACUGGUCAUCUGAGGCCGUCCGGCCCGCUCUCAUCCUCAUCCUCAAGAGACUGGACCGCAUGUUCAACAAGAUCCACAAAAUGCCAACGCUCAGGAGACAGGUAGAGUGGGAGGCGGCCAGCAACCUGAUUGAAGGGAUUUGCCUGACACUACAGCGACAGCCAAUCAUCUCUUUCCUCCCUCACCUGCGCUCGCUGAUCAAUGUCUGCGUCAACUUGGUGAUGGGUGUGGUGGGACCCUCCAGUGUGGCAGAUGGGCUGCCUCUGCUCCACCUCAGCCCCUACCUCUCCCCCCCUCUGCCCUUCAGCACAGCGGUGGUCCGCCUGGUUGCCCUGCAGAUCCAGGCCUUGAAGGAGGACUUCCCCCUCAGUCAUGUGAUCUCACCUUUCACCAAUCAGGAGAGACGAGAGGGGAUGCUGCUCAAUCUGCUCAUCCCCUUUGUGCUGACUGUGGGAUCUGGAAGCAAAGACAGUCCUCAUCUGGAGCAGCCAGAGAUCUUCCUGCUCCUGCAGACGGUCAUUAACAUCCUGCUGCCUCCUCGUAUCAUUUCCACCUCCCGUACUAAAAACUUCAUGCUGGAUGCCUCCCCGGCCCACUGCUCCACGCCGGGCGACACAGGGAAGGACCUGCGCAGAGAGGGAUUAGCCGAGUCCACCAGCCAAGCUGCAUACCUGGCUCUGAAGGUGGUGCUGGUGUGUUUCGAGCGCUCUCUGGGAAACCAGUGGUACCGGCUCAGCCUGCAGGUCAAAGAGAUGGCUCUGAGGAAGGUGGGUGGUCUGGCUUUCUGGGACUUCAUCGACUUCAUCGUCCGGACCCGCAUCCCUAUCUUUGUCCUACUGAGACCCUUCAUACAGUGCAAGUUGUUAACCCAACCAGCUGACUCACAGGAGGAGAUCACAGCACGCCACCACAUCGCCGAUCAGCUGGAGCGGCGCUUCAUCCCUCGACCUCUCUGCAAGAGCUCCUUAUUUGCAGAAUUCAACAACGAACUCAAGAUCCUAAAGGAGGCUGUGCACAGUGGCUCUGCCUAUCAGGGCAAGACCUCCAUAAGUACAGUGGGGACAUCUACGUCAGCGUACCGCCUCAGUUUGGCCACUAUGUCUCGUUCAAACACUGGCACCGGUACAGUUUGGGAGCAGGACAGCCAGCCGUCACGCCAACCCUCUCAGGACACACUCAGCCGCACCGAUGAGGAUGAUGAAGAGAAUGACUCUAUGAGUAUUCCCAGUGUCGUCAGCGAGCACGAGGCCUUCCUGCCCAGGGUGAUGUCGCAGCGCCGUUUCUCCAGCCACGCCACCGGCUCAGCUGGUUCACAGCCCGAAGCCCCUCGUACCACCAUGCUGCCCAGCCACAGUGAACCCAAUGUGCUAGAUGAGUCCCAGGGCCUUCUGCAGGAGGGUAACCUCUCUAGGGUUGCCAGUGUGCAGAGUGAACCGGGUCAGCAGAACCUUCUGAUUCAGCCGCCGUUGGGAAGAAAACGAGGCCUCAGACAGCUGCGGCGCCCCCUGCUGUCCAUCCCAAAGAAUGAACCCCGUGGUCGCUCAGGAGCCCGACUCUCGACGACGCGCAGGAGCAUCCAACCCAAGAACAAACCACUGGAAACUUUAUUGGACUGUGAAGCGCAUGGAGACCAAAAGAGGUCAGUCACCUUUACAGAGACUCAAGGGCAGCAGGCGUCCACGGGGGCCACCAAGCCCCCGACUCCCAGCAGCGCCGAGCCACCGGCUGAGGGCAGGAAAUCCAGUCCGGUCCCUUCAAAGUCCCCGACGCUGGAUGUGCCCUCCUCCUCCUCCUCAGCCACAGUCACUGCAGACCUGCACAGCCCUGCCAACACACAGGUUCCUCCAACGAUCAGCAGUAAAGAGAAGAGGGAGCAGUGGGGGCUUCGCAGCAGCCUGUCCCCUCCCCCGUCCAUCUCCCGGCCCUCCACCCCGACCCCCCCGUCCAGAACCUGCUCCCCCCUUCCCUUGUCCCGCACCUGUUCCCCUCUGCCCCUGUCCCGCACCUCCUCUCCCCUCCCCCCGCCGUUGCCGGUCCUGAGUACAGCGCCGGCCCCGGGCCCCCCGCCAGCACCUCCACUCCCACUCCCGCCCACUCCCCUCCUGCCCCCACCACCGCCGGGGCCAUCCAGGAUCCGAGAGAGCCCCGGGGAGGAGGACACAACGGCACUCCUGCCUCGCAGUGACACCCUGCUGCACCUCAGCGAGGAUGGUGGCACGGAGAACCCCCUCCUCACCCCGCUGCUGUCUCCGCCCUCACCUCGGAGGUCACCACGCCGCUUGCCCCUCCCCCUCUCCCCUGUGGACCUGGAUUUGGAUGAAUCUCACGUGUAGAGGUUACCUACCUGAGCCAUAUGGACGCCUGAGGCUGGGUUCAAAGGGCAAAAACACACAGGGUACGUUUAGAUUCCACUCGGACACUCUGAAGGUAAAGAAUUUAGGAAUGUAUGAGCAGAAGAAGUGCAGGUUGUGUUUUCUGUUUCUCCAAAUGUCACUUCAUCUGUGUUGCUCUGCUCUCCUCUCAGCCCAGCCCUCAAACUAAACCGCUCUUCUCAUUAAUGUAGACUCUGUGCUCUCCUAAAUGUGUUCCCUUAAAGGUCUGCAUAUGCUCAUGUGCUUAGGGGAAGUUUAUGUUGGACUUUUUGCCAGUUCCAUUUCAAAACUAACGGUGUCUUACUGGUGGUUUACUUGUUCACACUGCUGCUCUUAAUGCUGCAUUCUGAUUGUUUUGCUGAAAUGAGAUGUUUUUGCACACAUUAUAAUUGAAAUGCAACACCAUCAGACUCAUGUGUAAACAGUCUAGGGUCCUGAAGUGACCCUGUAUGCACAGAAGAAAACAUGAGGGUAAACGCAGCACACUGUGUUUAUGGAAGUAAAGACGGAUCUUGCCUGGUCCCGCCUCCUCCAGCGCAGAAUUGUGACAUCGGAUGACAUGUGACACGAGCGAAGUCACAUUCCACAUCAUCAGAUUCAUAUCUGAUUUAGGACCACAUAUGAACGUGGCCUGGGUCAGAUUUGAAAAAAAUUGGAUUUGUGUUCAGACUAUCAUAAAAAUAAGUGAAAUCAGUCACAUAUGGACAAAAAGUCAGAUUCGGGCCAUGAUAAUUCUCUGUACAUUCAUUUGUAAUGCCUGUUUAUUCCACAGAGUUCCCCAUAUUAACUGAUUGUCUUCAGCUCUUCCACAUUAGCAGCAGUGUGGAGCCUCUCACCCUGGUCAAACAGAUCCGACCAAUCAGAACAUUUAUCUACAUGGGCCAGUUCUGGUUUGAUCUAAGGAGUUUCUUUCAAAAUUAAUAUGCAGGAUGCCUCAGAAGCAGGUGUAAAACCCUAAAAAAAUAAUACGCAAAACAAUAAUGUGAGCUGUGUAUAAUCCCAGAUGGAAGUGUUCAGGACCAAAACUCUGACUUUUAUGGUCUGAAUAGAUAAAACACACACACACACUCUCCUCAGAUAACCCAGUAAACUGUUCAUUAAUGCACAGGACUGAGUUCUGGUUUUACAUAUUACAGUGUUGCUUUGAUUGUUGUCAAAAUCAUUACUGAAACCAAAGGACUUCCUGAUUUACCAGAAAAAAAAUAAGUAAAUGAAAAUAUACAAGUGUUUAUCGAACAUCAACAAAUGACCAGUUACAUGAUAACACAGACUCCAACAAAAACCUACCCAGGCAUAUGAACGGAUGCAGAUCUCCUGUUCUCAGCACAUCUUUCAGUGUUGUAUAUUUACCCACAUGCCCUGGGGGUUGAAUGUACAUUUUAGCAGCAGUCUACCUUUUUCUGUUUUUCUCAUCACCUUCCUAUGAAAACUGCAUUCAGUUGCAUCCAAAGUGUGGAUAAAUUAUUUAUUUUUAUAUUACUUUCUUGUCAUUCAUAGUAUUAUAUCACAUCAUAGUGGAUUAAAGAGCAGAAAUUGAUAUUUAUCAGGUUGCAGAUGUUUCUAUGUAGAGGAAGGUACAAAUCUUUAAGAGCUCUAUGCUAAGACUUAUAUAAUGUUGCAGAGGUUAUAACAGAGGGGUAUGCAGAAUAUAUAUAUAUAAAUAUAUAUAUAAAAACACUAUAUUAAGAGCCAUUGUAAAGCUGAAUUCAGCAACAUUUUAUGAAAUAAAUGAUAUACAGUUAAUAUAUGUAUUUAAUAAAUAUGUGAUCACAUACAGAAAGAAUACAUGUUGUAAUGAGAUUUUCUAUUAAAGAAGAUAGUUAAAUGUUUUUCAGUCUGUUGAAUUUACUGCAAGGAAGUAUUUUUCAAAGAAGCGCUGCAACAGUUUUACAGACCUUUGAGUUUAUUUUUUUUGAGGCAAAUAUCCCUGAUGAUGUCAUUGUGAACUGCUGAUAGAAGGGGCUGGAAAGACGCAGAAGAAUCAUGGGAAAUGUAGGAUGUGGCGUCUGUCUGAACACCUUUCUUAUUUUGUCUGUGGGAAAUGCAAUACAAAGUCGCUGGAGUUCUCCUUUAACUGGAUUCAUGUGAUCUCUGAAUGUCUACUUGGUGAAGCUGUGUGGGAGGAAACCCACAGUGGGACUUGUUUAGUGUACGUUUCAGCGCAGAUACUGGCUUCACAUGCUCUGGGUUUGGGUCCAGCUCUCAUUGUGUAAUCCUUUCUAUCAUAAACUGAUAAUAUGAUGUAGAUUGUGCUGCUCGGUGUCUCCACAGAUGAUUUGUUUUGUGACCAAAGACUGUUGUAAUGUUCUCAGUGGUCUCCUGGUGUCGACGUUUCAUUUGUGAUUUCUGUUCAUUUUAUCUGUGAUGAAGCGAUGCAGUAGAUGACCGUUACCUCGUUGCUCAUUCCAUGCCUUAACAAAAACUAUUAUUAACAUUAUUAACAUGUGUCAGUGUCAGCUUCUUUGGACUCCUCACCAGUCUAUAUUUCUGUCUGUGUAUGCAAUGACAUAUCUGGGGCUCUGUCCAGUCAUAAAUAACAGAAAUGAGAGAAAGAAGUCACCCAGCUCAUCAGACUGGAACAAAAACAUCAAUGUUGUGUAAUCCUUAUUAUAUAUUGACAUGUUUAUAUGUAACAUCAGAUGAUACUGAUUCUAUCCUGUUAAAGUCUAUGAUGGCGAGUCACACCCAGGACUGAAAUGUGCCAUAAUUCACACCAACACACUGUGAGUGUUUUGUCGGCUGCUUCUCUGUUCUUAUAUCGUAUCAGUGCCAUAUUCCUCUUUGGUUCUGUAUUGGCGUUCACUCAGUCAGAGAACUGUUGAAUCAGGGUUCCCUUUAAAUGUAACCGUCUCUGUCAAAUACUGUCUUCUUUGUGCAAAGUUAAGCAGCAGUUUAUCCGAUUAUUUCUGAAAUAUCAAAAGUAGAGGACAUUAUUUACAGUGUUCCUCAGCUUCCUCAUCCAUUUCAUGUCACUGUACAAAAAGAAAUAAAUUCUUAUGACAUAAA